AUGUCUCGCGAUAUGAGGACAGAAGAGAAUGAGAAGGGCGAGUUGGAGAACUCUACGCUAUUGGCUCCUGACACUGCCAGUGGUGCUGUUUCACCUAGCCUAAGUACAAGCUCUUUUGUUUCUGUUGAGAUAGGCGAUUCUGAAUAUUUUUCAUGCUGGGAUAAGUUCAGUUAUAAGUAA